AUGUCCUUCUCUGUGAAGGGACGCUCUGCCAUCGUCACGGGAGCAGGCUCCGGAAUUAACCUCUCCUUUGCGAAACUUCUACUUGAGAAUGGGUGCGGCGUUCUCAUUGCCGACCUAGGGCUGCGCCCCGAAGCACAGUCGCUGGUGAAUCAGUACGCGGCCUCCUCCAAUGGGCCCCGUGCUGUCUUCCAGAAGACUGACGUGACCGACUGGAAGCAAGUGGAGCAUAUGUUUGAAGUAGCAGAGAAGGAAUUCGGGGAAGUGGACAUCGUCUGCCCCGGGGCAGGGAUCUACGAGCCUCAUUGGACCAACUUCUGGCGACCCCCGGGAACGCCAGAGAGUCGAGAUCCACGAGAUGGGGGCCGGUACGCCUUGCUCGAUAUCAACUUGACCCAUCCCAUCCGCACGACGCAGCUAGCCAUCGCGCACUUCCUCCGCAAGGGCAGCACCAGCAGCAACCAACGCCGCAAACACAUCGUUCACAUUUCCAGCAUUGCCGGGCAGAAUCCUGCUCUGGCAACCCCAAUCUACGUAGCCACCAAGCAUGCGAUCAAUGGCCUGGUCCGGUCCCUGGCCAAGCUCGACCAGAAAUGCGGGAUCCGCGUCACGGCCGUGGCUCCCGGGGUGAUCAAGACGCCGCUCUGGACGGACCACCCCGAAAAGAUCAAGAUAGUCGACGCCAAAGCCGAUGAGUGGGUGACCCCCGAGGAAGUGGCUCAGGUCAUGCUGGCGCUGAUCCAGCAAGAUCAUGUUGGCGAAAUCAUUGGGGAUCAGACAGGUCAGGGUCCUCAGUUUGUGGUUAGUGGAGGAACGAUUCUGGAGGUCUCCAAGACCGUGCGUUCGGUUAGUGCCUUUAAUGAUCCUGGCCCCGGUCAGCGGCCCGGAAAUACGGUGUCGGACGCCAAUAAGCUGGAGGAUGAGGUGCGUGGCGGGAGAGGGAAACGGAGCGCCGGACACCAUGGCGACGCCAGUUGGAUUAGUUGCGUGAUCAACCUGGUCAACACUAUCAUUGGCGCCGGUGUCCUAGCCAUGCCACUUGCGAUCUCGCACAUGGGAAUCGUACUCGGUGUCUUUGUCAUUUUAUGGUCGGGAAUCGCAGCAGGAUUCGGUCUAUAUCUUCAGUCCCAAUGUGCACGAUACCUGGAACGCGGAACCGCGUCGUUCUUCGCCUUGUCGCAGCUCACAUACCCCAAUGCGGCCGUUAUCUUCGAUGCCGCGAUCGCGAUCAAAUGUUUUGGCGUCGGGGUCAGCUAUCUUAUCAUUAUCGGAGAUCUGAUGCCGGGGGUGGUUCAGGGUUUCGUGGGAGGUUCUCCGGAUUACGACUUUCUGGUGGACCGUCAUUUUUGGGUAACAGCCUUCAUGUUGAUUGUCAUUCCUCUCUCCUACCUCCGACGCUUGGACUCGCUCAAAUAUACGAGUAUUGCAGCACUCGUCUCCAUGGCAUAUUUGGUUGUAUUGGUUGUCUACCAUUUCGUGAUCGGAGACACAACCACUGAUCGGGGUCCUAUUCGCGUGAUACACUGGGCAGGCCCUGUUCCCACGCUCAGCAGCCUUCCUGUCAUUGUCUUUGCCUUUACAUGCCAUCAAAAUAUGUUCUCGAUCUUGAACGAGAUCAGCAACAACAGCCAUUUCCGAACCACCGGAGUCGUCUUCUCUAGCAUCGGUAGCGCCGCUGCAACUUAUAUUCUUGUGGCUAUCACCGGAUAUCUUUCGUUCGGAAACAGCGUUGCUGGAAACAUCGUUGGCAUGUACCCGCCAGGCCUGUAUGCUACGAUUGGCCGUGCCGCCAUUGUCAUGCUUGUCAUGUUCUCCUAUCCGCUUCAAUGCCAUCCGUGUCGGGCGUCCGUCGAUGCAGUACUGCGCUGGAGACCCAAGCCCGCGGGCUCCAGUGACAGCUCGCCCCACCGGCAUCCACUUUUGGGGUCGAGAGGCAACCGUGCCCCCGAGCCAAUGAGUGACCUCCGAUUCUCCAUCAUCACCACCACCAUUCUCGUGUUGAGCUAUAUCGUCGCCAUGACCGUGUCGUCGCUCGAAGCCGUGCUCGCUUAUGUCGGCAGCACCGGCAGCACCAGCAUCAGCUUCAUCCUUCCCGGUCUUUUCUACUACAAGAUCUCUUCUCCUGAAUCGCCGCACCAUCAACGAUUGAUGAAGGAAGACGACGAAGUGGGCGAUGCGAUCAUGUCUGACGGCAACAAUGACGAUGAGGACAUCGAGACCUCGCAAACCCGUCCGCUGACGGAGAGUGGUAUCCUUCGCCGCGGCACUCGUCAAUGGCGCCGAGCACUAUUGCGCAAGCUGAGUCUGGGUCUUGUGAUCUACGGUGUCUUGGUUAUGGUCGUGUGUCUUAUCACGAAUUCAGUCUUUCUCGCCUCUCAUUAG